AAGGCAUUUGACAAUCAUUGCAAGAUUGCAUCAUUCAGUCGCUCCUUUGCAUUGUCUGAUAAUCUUUGAGGAUUACUUCAAGAGGCUUAUAUCGGGCCCCUGCAGCUUCAAGGGCUCCCAAUUCCUUGUCCUCUACCCCCACCACCAUUGUCCGCGGGGUUCUGUCAUAGUCAUUCACAAAAUCGGAAUCGCAAAUCAACAUGGUGCAUGCCACGCCAGUCCCGAGCAGUGGCUUCCAAGCCUUGAUCCUCUGUGGUCCUGGCGAGAGUCUGAACACUAUCUCCUCCAACCCCGAAGAAAAUCCAAAAUGCUUAAUCCCUAUCGCUCUUAGGCCUAUGGUAUACUACCCGCUGGAUUGGUGCAAGCGCGCAGGAAUAAAUGAUAUCGUCCUGAUCACACCUCCCUCCGCUCUGGCUCCCCUCAAGGCCGCUCUACAACAAAACCCCUACCUCACGUCACUCUCUUCGCCCUCCCCCACGAUAAUCGCCCCGAAGGACCUCAAGAUGACGACAGGAACCGCGGAACUACUACGCCUACCAGAAGUACAAGCUUGCAUCCAAUCCAAUUUCUUGCUCCUGAGUUGCGAUCUGCUAUGCGAUAUCCCUGGCGAGCAUUUGCUUGAGGCAUGGCUCGCCUCACAGAGUGAAUUGGGCCCCGCUGCUCAAGGAGGUCUGUCUGUGUUCUAUCCCGCAAAAGGCAUUCAAGACGAGAUCAAGAAAGAGCCUACAGAUUUUGUGGCAAUAACUUCUCUCGACCAGGAUGAGGUCCCUUCUGUCUCGCGUCACGAGCUCUCAAAGCUGGUUCUGUCAAUGCCCAUGGAUACCUUGAAAGAGCAGAUAGAGAAUGAUAAGGGACUCCUACUCCGUCACACCCUGGUGGAGAAGCAUGCCUCGGUCAAGAUGCUGACCAGCUACCGCGAUGCGCACUUGUACAUUCUGCCUAAGUGGGUUCGAUCGCUUGCACAGCACCAGGAGCGCUUCGAGUCCGUAAGUGAAGACUUGAUCGGCUACUGGGCGAAAGCGGGGUGGCAGCGUGGACUGAGCGCCAAGCUCGGCAUUGAUGAGAUCCUGGGCGGACAGAAGGAGGCUCAAGAUGAUCAUGGAAGCAACGACGGCGACUCUUUGGAGGAGGAAAUCGAUCUUCGCAGCAUGACCACCACCCACGCUCAGGGUUCCGAGGCCCGCAGCACGAAAUCUAGUCAAUCCUCAGUGGAGGUGCCGCCCAUCCUCGCAUACACGACCAAGCCGUCCAAGCAACUCAUUCGGCGCGUGGACAGUGCCGCCCUGGUGUUGGCCAUGUCCCUGCGUCUUGCCAAGCUCGAGUCAGUUGAAGAGGUCGGCCGUGCUGCUGCCUCACCAUUUAGCCAUGCCGCGAAGAUUGCUACUCCGGAGGCAGUCGCGUCGAAAUCUAUUGUCACGAAGGGCGAUUGCUUGCUGGGAUCUAAUGUGACGGUCGAGGAAAAGUGUGUCAUCAAGGAGUCUUGUAUUUCUGCCAACGCCAAGAUCUGCAGCGGCGCGCGCCUUACGAGGUGUGUGAUCAUGGACAACGCAGUCAUCGGACCGAAGUGUGUCCUUACAGGAUGUAUCGUCGGAAGAUACAGUCAGGUCGGAAAAGAGUCCGUACUCAAGGACUGUGAAAUCCAAGAUGGCGUCGUGGUUGAGGAAGAAACCGAUGCUAAGAAUGAGCAGUUCAUGAGCUUCGAAGGACUCGACGACGACGAUGAGGAUGGUAUGGAUAUUGAUGGCGAUGGUGAUAGCGGUGAUGAUGCGGGGUUCUAGAUUAGAUGGACUGUAUUCUCAAUAAGUAAAUACUUAUCAGCAUAGUAUAUAUGAUCCCACUGCAUUAUUGUGUUCAAUCAAAGAGACAGAGCUUCGACGCGGGCUGGUCUGCAGGUGG